AUUGGUGUUACUGCUGGUCGUCGGGUGCCCAGCUGGUUUCCCUGUGAUUUCGAUCAUGCACAGAUGGAGGCCUUAAAAACAGCUUGCACAUGGCCAUACAUUUUUUAAAAAAGAAACUCACAGCCUAAUAUUCUCUGUGUAAAAAUGAGAACAUUCCUAUGUGGGGAAAGCACCUUUGCCGCAUAACAAAAGAAAUUGCUAUCCACCUUACCCGGAUCAUUACUUAAAAUGUACCGAAAGAUAAUUUAUUCGGAUCAAUGUUUUUGUAGGGAUUUGUCGUAUAAUUCUUUAACCGUUCUUCCUGCCGGAGUGUUUGAUUCCAUGAGAAAUCUUUACUGGCUGUAAGUCUGUAAUUAAGUAGUAAGAAUUAAAUACUGUUACUGGUAAAAACUAAUAGCAAACAGAAUAAGUGCUUAGCAAUACCUCAACCACAAGGAAUCCUUUGGGUCAAACUUAUGCCAUCAUUGCUGGCAACAUGAUCCUAUCAUCAGUGGACUUUAUAUAAUUGCUGUAACUUCCACCAAAUCAAUCUUCCUCAGUGUGUAAAAAAAUUCACUAAAUUAUGAUACAAUAAUGAUAAUGAUAAUAAUAAUACGAUUAAGAUAUCUAUCCUUAAUCAUUCUCAGGGAAAUGUCAUCAAAUGCUAUUAAGGUUCUACCUCAAGGAAUAUUUGCUUCAUUAUCAGGUCUAAGUCAGCUGUAAGCAUACGUAUAAUUCGUCUAUAACGUCUCAAGUUAAACGGAAAUUCAUUGGGUCAGUUAUUUAAACAAAGUCUAACUUAGACCACGGUUUAGGAAAUGUUUGGACCUCCAGAUCUGUUCCUUAGUGGGUUAUUUUAAGAAGGCAAAUGCUUUUCUAGCCUACUUUAUAUGCUUUAUAAUGAAACUUAUCACGAUGAAUGGUGUUGAAAUAAAAGCGUUCGCCAAACUGAAAAUGGCUUAGAACGCGGUUUUGUCAAAGACUGGCUAAACUCUGUUUAAAUAACUCUAAACUGGCCCAGUAAGUGUAAUGGCGGCUUAGAAUUUUAAAUGGACUCUAUCCUAAGUCAUUUUUAAUGUUGUCUCUUGAAUUGUGGUACUAAAUAAAUACAUAAGUAAACGGAUAAAUAAACAAAUAAAUGAAUUGAUAAAUGAAAGAAUAAAUAAAUCAUUUUAAACAAGUUUUGCCUAUAUGGUGAAUCCAUACCGUGUUAAAGAAGAAUUUUGUUUCUUUAAUUAUUUUGCAGGAAUUUGACUUCCAACAAUAUUAAAAACCUAACAGCGGAAACAUUUUCUACUCUUAUUAAUUUGCAAAAUCUGUUAGUUUUUUAAUGUUUGAUGUGAUAGUUAUUUACUUAAGCUAAUUAAUAGUUUACUCUUUAUUUUGUCUAUAUAUUUACCACUACUGAUUACUUUCUCAAUUGCAAAAUUGCUUACUUGAAUAAAUAGCAUUUUUUACUCACAACAACAUAAAGAAAACAAGACUAAAGAGUGCGUAAUGAUCGAAUAAUGAGUGGGUAGGCGGGAUACCCUUGAAGAGCAAUGCUUGUGUACCUUACUGAGCUGUAAGUUCUCCUCUUGAUAUUAAUUUCAAUGUAAAAUAUAACACGGUAGAAUAUUAUGUGCUCGACAGAGAAAACAAACUUAUGCAUCGUUUUUUGAAAUUAGUAAGGAUAGCCGGAAGACGCUUAGCACUGAAUAAUGUGAUCUGUAAUUCGUUCCAGAUCUGUAAUAAUACGCAUACACUAAACAAAUAUAUACACACUGUAUGGAUAAAGUAAUUUAUGCUCAUUUAAAUUGUCUUUAGUUUUGAAAUAUCAAACUGCUAUCAUUGAAUAAAUCAUUGAAUAAAUGAGGCUGACAAUCACAUUAAAAUAAAUGUUUUAUCAAUAUAAUAUACAACCUCUUCUCGGAAUUGAUCGAUUUUCUAUUUUAGGUAUGUUGGCUCGAAUAGGAUUCAAAGCAUAACAACAAAUGUCAUUUCACACCUCACACUUCUGUCUAGUUUGUAAGUCAUGUCCAAAUCGUUAACAUACUCAUCCCGGCAAACAUGAAUUUCUAAGUCUUUCUUUUCACAACCUUAUGAUUGAGGUACGUAUUAAGGUCGAAGUGGUCAACAGAUUCGACUGUAAUAACAAAAGGAAUAAACAUUACUCACUUGAAAGUUGUCUAGGGCAAUAAUCAAUGUUGUUUGUACUCCUUGGAACAUAGUUGAUUCUUUAUUUUAGUUAGAUGGAUAACAUCGGUUUCGUGGGUUUUCAUGUUCGUAUUUUUCUUUUCUUUGUACAUGCAAAUGCAAAGUUCAAGCUUUUUAGACAUCUGCAAUUUAAAUUGCUUUUUUUUAAUGUUCUUCCUUUUUAGAGACCUAUCUUCAAACAACAUUAAAAACCUUUCGGAGGAUUUGUUUGCUUCCUUUGGACGUUUACAAACCCUGUAAGACUUCAUGUUUUCAUUUAUUUAAGCCUGGAUUGCCAGUAGAGCUCUGCAAGAAGCCUUUGAAUAUAUGAGCUCACAUAACUUCACAGGAGUUCAGGCUUCAGGAAUAAUCAUCGUUUAUUGCGACAGUGCUGUUUCGUAUGGUCCGAAAUUAUAGGACCACACUGAUGAGCACACAUAUGUACAAAAAAUUCCAGUUUUUGAGAAAACAUGGUACGGUAUAGAGUUCUGCUGCCUAUGCAGGAUAUUAAGGUCACGUGCUCGUCAAUAGUUUGCAACAUUCAGUUGUCAGUCACGGCGCCAGCAGAUGAAGAUGAUGACGCUGCUGGGAAUAACAUCAUCGGUCACGUGGUACUAAUAGUACUGAAAUAUAUACGAGGACACUGGAGUCGGGAUAGCUUGCCAUUGCAUUUAAUAUCAUAAGAAAUUACUGAAGGCACAUUUUUGCUUAAUCUACCUUCAUUUGCUAGAUUUUUCACGCUGCAGUAAACUUUGUGAGCUAUAUAUAUCUAUAAGAUCACUUGUCCAUUGCUAUGACUUUUCUCCACAACAUGGUCAACUUUCUUUUCUUUUAGGUGGUUAUCUUCAAAUAAUAUUCAGCGUCUUCCGUCUAAGUUAUUUGCUUCUAACCGUAACCUUGUGAGGCUGUAAGUUUGUUUGAUUUAUUGGUUGAGUACCGAAUUUACUACUCGUGUCUUUAAUUGAUUGAUACGUACGUCACUUUUAACUGGGACACAUUGUAAAGAGAAUAGAAACCAGACAAGACGAAAACAGCUUUGGGAAAGAUGCAAAGCCACGAGGAACGUUUGGACAUAAGCGUGACAAAAGCUCUGAAACAACAACACACAAAAAGGGAAACUAUUAUAGGCGUCUGCAACUGAUUUCAGCUGUAAAAAAACCGCUGGUUUUCUUCCGAACUCUCAAACUCGAGGUUUAUGAUAAAUGAAGGUCUUUAAUUGCUUAGUGAAUGUCCAGCGGUGUUACCUUGUGUGUUCGUCGAGUUUUUCAUCUAAUGUACCAUACUUCUGUUACGAAGGCUGAUACUGAACAAAACAUGAUGAUCCCGUGUAAAUCAUGAUUGCUGGUCUUUAGCAGUCGGUUGAAGUGUCUCUAUAAAAAGAACUUAAGAAUCAUGAAGGUAACUAAUAAUGACAACAGUCUGAGUGGGUUUCUAACGAAAUCCACAAAGCAACUACGCAAGCAAGAAUGCACCGGAUUAAUGAAGAAGAACAAAAAUUAUUAACUUCUGUUUUUUUUUAUAUAUAUAUAUAUAUAUUUGUAGUGAUAUUUCGUACAACAACAUUUCUCGCUUACCAAAGGACGUAUUUUGCUGUUUGGGGAGUUUAAAAUAUCUGUAA